CUAUAUGCAUUGUUGUAGUUUAGCAAGGGUGGAGUAGAAGAGGUUAUGUUUAUUGGGUUUAGAAAUGAGGAGAAAUAAAAAGGAUUUAGAGAAAUAUCCAUCAACAUAAGAGUUGAGAGAUGGAUAUGGAGAUAGUAUCAGGGGAGAAAGGAGGCAUAGCUGAACUGAUACAAGCACUUGACCAAGCAACCCUAAUGGCUAAACAACUCCCCACCAAUGUUGACUCUUCUCAACUCCUACAAAUCUACUCUUCACUUCAAUCUGCUCAUCAACAUCUCUCCAUCUUCCUUUCCCAAUCCUACCAUCAUCAUCCACCACCUCCGUUUCCCGAGAAUUCUGUCUCCUCCGCCGUAGGCGGUGAACCUAUGCAAGUUGGGGAUGAGGAAGAUGGUGUAAAUGAAACCGAGCUGAAUUCCAAGACUAGUGUUGACAGAGUUGAGGAGAGGAUGCGGGAUUGUUUCAUUCAGAAUAAGAGACCUAAAAGACCCCUUUCCCCGGCGUCAGCUGUGGCUGAGCAGCGGCGGAGCUAUGACAAUGACAGACCUGAUGUGGAAUUUGAUCCUCAUGGGACUAAGUUGAGGUCCUUGGAUCUUAUUUAUCAGUUUCAUUCUUGAAGGAUUUGUGUAGAGAAAUAUUGGGAAUGGAUAAGUUAUUAAUAAUUCCAAAUGUAUUUUCAUAAUCCUAUCGAGAUAUAAUAUAACCCAUUUUCCUCCGUUUGGAUCAUGAAUUGAUUUUGCUUCGUGAUUUCACUACAAAAUUGUUACGUUACGAAUACAGUGCUAAUUCAUCGAUAGAUCAAUUUCAAGUGUCCAGCACUCUCUGCAUAAUUUAGAGUUGCACAAUAGUACAGGGAGGGAGAUGGAAUAACAACAACCACGCCUAA